UUGGAAUCGUUUCGGACAAUGUUAUGUUUUGAAACCGAAAGAAGGUUGAGAUUUUGUAUUCUGUGUUGAUUUUUCGUCUGUUAUAGCGUUGAUUAUAGUGCGUUAUUUAAUUAUUUUAACUACCCGUUUUUUGCAAGGUAUUAAAACGGAUAUCUUAUUAAUGACAUAAUGGAAUGUUUUAAAGCGUUAUGCUUCAUAUUGGUUCUUGUAGCUGUUGCUGGUGAUGAAGAAGAGGCAGAUGUCACUGUUGAAUUUAGUUCUCAUCUGACUGAUAGACCUAUUGAAAAUGCCAAAAAUGCCAGCAUUGUUACAUCAGAUGAAAUUGAAACUCGUGUUCCAUAUGACAAUGAUCACCAAAAGCUCUCUGCAGUCUAUGGCAUAGAUCCAAAUACUUCAAGUCUCUAUGAAAACUUUGAAUUAUUAAAUACCGAAAAUAACACUGUGCAAGCAACAGAAACCAAUUCAACUUCUAAUGCAACUGACACAAAGAGUAAAAUGAAAGUAGAAUGUACACCUAGAGUACUACCUGAAAAUGAAGUCCCAACAGUUACAGUAGCCAACAGUAGUACAUUAUUAAAAGUAUUGGCACCAGUUGCAAACAAGAACUCAACAAUUGGGGAUUGUGUAGUUGUGUUGUUUUACUCUAAUCAGUGUGUAUUCUCUGCAAGAAUGGCUCCCCAUUUCAAUGCCUUGCCUCGUGUUUUUCCUGAUAUAGCCUUUUAUGCAGUUGAUGUCAUAGAAACUGGAAACCUUUAUGUUCGAUAUGGAUUGGUAUUUGUUCCUAAUGUGAUGCUGUUCCACAAUUCCAAACCAUUUGCAAGAUAUAAUGAGACAGCUUUGAAUUUAGACCAGUUUGUUAAAUUUAUUAACAAAUUCACAGGUUUAACACAUAACGGAACUCUCAAUGUAACAUCAGCUGAUAUGAUUGGCCCAGUUCCUUCUACUUUAACUAAGAGAAUAGAUUAUGUUUUAAUAUUGGCAUGGGUUUUCACUCUAUGUUGUUUUUGUUUUGGCUUUGCAAAAUCUUCCUUUUGUAAAUGCACAGUUGAGUUUUUCAGGAACACUUGGUAUGAAGCUAAUGCAACACAGCAUGAGCAUGAAGAAUAAAAUCUUUCUGUCUGGAAAAAUUUUCCAGUGAAUAAGCAUCUUUUACUUUAUGGUGAAAUCAUUAACCACAUGUUGAAAUCAUGUUAAGUCUGUGAUACUUUGUAUGUUUUGUUAUAAAUCUUCUUGACGAUUGUUUAAUUAAAAUGAUAAAUUUAUUAAAACCAAAAACGUUUAUUUCAAGCCAUUGUGAAGUUAUUAUCUAUUAAUCUUUUCCCCCAGUUAAUAAUAUUCAUACAAUAUCAUAUGUUGUGAAUUUUUCCCUUAUGAGGUACAAACUUUUUCUUGUAUUAUAUUGCUUCUAUUUUAUUUUAAUGUGGUUUUUCUAGAGAAAGUGAUUUAAAUCUUUUAAAAUGUACUUAAUAGAUAUUAAUAUGUUCUGUUUAAUUACUUGAAUCUUGUUCUAUAAGUUAUUGCUUUGUUAUUAUUUUAAAUAAUAAAGCAUAUUGGCCAUUAUAAUUUAAUAAUUCACGUGGUUUGUUUUGUAUUUUAAAAUUUUAUUUCUAUAAUACAUUUUUGCUUUUUCUCUACUGAUCUCUUUUUCAUAUUCAGAGUUUUGUUUCAGUUGUGUAAGUACUAUGCAAACUUUUCAUUCUUUUUCUUUUUUCUUUUUUUUAUGUAUAAUCCCCCUUCCCCUCUUAAUGUGUGGAAAUUAAUCUUGAUUUGAGUAUAAAAAUAUAAUGUCGUAGGACUUUUUAUCUAUCAUUAUUUUAAGGCUACUCGUAAUAUCUUACUGUCUUCAUUGGUGUUGAUAUCAUUUUUUGCCUUUCUGAAAAAGUUUAUUUGCUAUUUUUACUAUAUAAUGCAUUUAUGUAGAUUUUUAAAAAAAUAGUUGGUGUUUGUUAAACAUCAUCAAUUUUUGGGGUUAGGGAAUUUAUUCUAUGUGACCAGAGAGUUUUAAACUAUUCAUCAAUUUGGAAAUUCUAAUGGUAUUGAUUCCAUUAUAAACUCUACUUUAGUAUAAACAAAAAUAAUUAACCAAAUCAUCUUAAUAAAAUUAUUUAAUUGCAGUUUUAUUAAUGAACAUAUUUGAUAGGCUUUGUGUGUGUAUGUGUACCAUUAUUUAUUUUUGUUUUCUAAUAUGUAGUGUAUUUAGGAUUCCAAUUUUGUUUGCUUGUUCAUUGUAAAGCUUCAAAAUAGUUUUGUAUCUAAAUAUCAAAAAAAUUUUAAGCUUGACAAAAGCCUUUGAUAGAAUAAAAAAUUUUCUUGCUACUAAAUAUGACCUUUCAUGCUCAAGCUAUUUUAUUCUAAUUUAUUAUUUUUUUUAAACUUCACUUUGAGAAUUUUUAUAUAUGACCACUGGCAUGCAGUAUUGUAGGCUUCUGAUCAUAUUUGAUUUCUGUACUUGCUAAGUUAUGAAAUGAUAUAUGGUUUAUUUUAAUUUCAUCACCAAUGUGAAAUUAACAAUAUAUAUACAAUAUCUAUAAAUUUCUUUUUCUUGUAAAAGCUAUAAUCAUUGCAAUCUAAUGACAUCAGUCAUUGUCAUCCUGAUAUUGUAUCCCUCUUAUAACAAUUCAAGCUGACAACAUAUGGGGAGCUAUCUGUGACCCAUCACUAAUGAAUGAUGAUGUCAUGUAUAUUUCUAUAUGUUUAUUUGCUGUAAAAAAGAGCUCUAUGAAGAUAAAUAAUAAAUUUAAAAUUUUGUUUUAAA